UGGGCUAGGGUGUUGGGGACUAUUGGAUGGCAUGGACCUCAAUCGCAGUAACUGAUAUGUUGUCACCAUGACAACGGGACUGAGGAGGUUAUGCUCAAGGCUCCUGGUUCCCUGCGGGGGGUGGGAAGUGUUUUUUAUUUCUCCCGAAGCUAGCCCUCAAGGUCCAUGUUACUAUAAUGCGCUUCUCGUUAUAUUACAGGAAAAGGCAGCAAGGAUGUAGAAGGGGUGUGUGUGUGUGUGUGUGUGUGUGUGUGUGUGUGUGUGUGUGUGUGUGUGUGUGUGUGUGUGUGUGUGUUACGACCCUGAGCUCUUUGUGGACUUUACUCUCCAGCUGGGCUCAACCCCAGGGGCGUGGUGUCGAGGCCCAAACAGAAGCCCUCAGGAAUGAAGGGAGUCAAAGGGUCUCAGUCCUGACACCUACAGGACCUGAUCAUCCCCCACGGUCCAGCAAGAGAGGUCCAAAAUGGAAAGGCUGAAGGUUCUGGGUUCUGAGUCAGAUGUGGUGGAAUGGGUCCCCUUUGUCCCUCAGUGCUACUGAAUCCCUCCCUUUUGAAGGGUCUCAAACACACUUUUGGGGGAAUGAAUGACUGAGUGAAUGGGAAUGUGAUGUUUUGUUGUUCAACGUGACGACCUCAAAAUGAUGGGUUCAGGAGGUGGUGCCAGUGUGACAAGCGUUUCCAGCGCAGGUGUGUAUUUGAGUUCGAAACAGUGUCCCCCUGUCCCCACCACAGCCUCGCUGCCCUUCCUCAUCAUGACCAUCGUGUCCAGGCCCUACCAGCGGGGGGUCUACUGUGAUGACCAGAGCAUCCAGUACCCUUCCAAGCCCGACACCAUCACGCAUGGGCUGAUGGCCGCCGUGACUAUCUCCUGCACCGUCAUCAUUAUCACGUCUGGGGAGGCCUACCUCGUCUACACCAAGCGCCUCCACUCCAACUCGGACUUCAACCAGUACGUGUCGGCCCUCUACAAGGUAGUCGGCACGUUCACGUUCGGCGCCGCCGUGAGCCAGUCCCUCACCGACAUGGCCAAGUACACCAUCGGCCGGCCGCGGCCCAACUUCCUGGCCGUGUGCGCGCCCAAGUCCUGCGUGGGAUACGUGCAGAACAUCAACUGCACCGGAGACCCCCGCAACGUCACCGAGUCCCGGCUGUCCUUCUACUCCGGACACUCCUCUUUCGGCAUGUACUGCAUGCUCUUCCUGGCGCUCUACAUCCAAGCGCGGAUGGUGGCCAAGUGGGCCCGGCUCCUGCGGCCCACGAUCCAGUUCUUCCUGGUGGCGUUUGCCGUGUACGUGGGCUACACGCGUGUCUCCGACUACAAGCACCACUGGAGCGACGUUCUGGUGGGCUUUCUGCAGGGGGCGCUCAUCGCCGUUCUCAACGUGCGCUACGUGUCAGACUUCUUCAAGCAGCGGCCGUCCUGCAGCCUGCAAGCCGAGGCGGACCAGAGGGAGGUUCUGGAGCCCAAGGCCACCCUACAGAUCGCCGAGACCGAACGCAACAACCACUACGGCUACCGCGGUACGGUCUGAGGAGCGGCGUCGUUCCAGCGCCCCCCGGCGGACCGUGCAGCCGCUCCGCUGAGCGAGGUGCCAAGGACUGCCGCCGUGUCCGACGUUGGCCUGAGCUCCCUCAUCAGUCAGCGCCGAAGGCCCCCCUCCCACCACCACCACCCCCAACCGAGACACGGCAUUCCUGUCUAUCUCUUGUAAAAUUUUCUAUUGCUAUUUUUAUCAAUGGUGCCUUUUAACAUGAUUAAAAUGUUUUUUAUUGUUAAAGUUGGACAGUCUGAGCCGAGUCGAGCUGAGCGGCGCGACCAGCGAACGCAAGGGAUGGGGUCCCGUCCCGGUUCCAACCAGUGCUUUCACAUUAGCACGCCACCCAGACAGAUGCUACUGGGUCGCCUAGACCGCUCUUGCUCAUGUGUAUUAUUUCCUUCUGAUGACCACUUCUGUGAGCGUUUCGCUGCAAAUGGACAUUGAGCUGGAGAAACUUUGGCUGUGACAGAUAGGGGGCGCUGUGCUCCGGCCUGUUACUGUCGCUAAGAACUUCAGCGGAGGGACAUUCUACUGUUCUUAGGGAGCAGCAGUUGUGAUUUUGCUUUUGGCCUCAUGGCUACUAUGAGGGGUGCAAUGUUUUGUGUGUGUGUGUGUGUGUGUGUGUGUGUGUGUGUGUGUGUGUCUCCGGAUGGAUUUUACUGCGACCCAGCUGUGAUUCCAGCAGGUGGCACAUUCACCAAGGAAGUGCCCAUCGGUCCUGCUCACUCCUCUGGCCGUACGUGCCAAUACACACCACGCGCGUCACGAAAGGGUGGAACUGUGCUCUGGCCGCAGCUCUGAGCUUCAGGGGAUUCUGGGAUUCUCAACGGAUCGUGAUGUUUCUGCUGGACCGCACGAGCACCGCGAGUUACGGGAGGCCGACCGCCAUGGGGUUUCAACAACCUUCCAAAACUGAAUUUAAGCUUCAAAGAUGCUGAUCCUCCUAUGAAAGUGUGCUGAAGGACAUCUGGAGGCGUUCUGGAGUGAGCGGUCGACACACUCCCCGCUUGAACAGAUUGUGACCGUCAGGGCUGAGCGAUAAGGUGUUCAUGGUCAAUGUCCGGCUCAAGCGUGGGACCGAUCUCAACAUCGGCAGCGGAGGGGCAAAGGCAUCAAUGUUGAGCCCCAGGAUGGACAAACUGCUGGAAGGUUCCGGAAAACUUCUCGAUCACAUCAGCAACGCGUUGCUGUCCGAGUUUCUUCAACUGUUCACAUCAUAUCAAACUGUUCUGUUUAUUAGUCAGAACAAUGAGUGUAACACAAUCUUACCCAUAAAGUGUAGUGAUUU